AAGCACCGUUCCAUUUUGAUUCUCUUUUAAUGUGACAUUUGUUUCAAGCUGUUCUCCGGUUCAGCGCUGAGCAAACUUUAAUAGAAAAGUUGUUUAUCUCGACCGGGAAAUCGCAUCAAAAUGGCAGCCGCCGUCGUAUCAGGAAAGGACAUUGAGAAGCCCCAGGCUGAGGUUUCUCCAAUUCACCGUAUCCGUAUCACGUUGACUUCACGCAACGUACGAUCAUUAGAAAAAGUGUGCUCAGAUCUUAUCAAUGGAGCCAAGAAACAGAAACUGCGUGUUAAGGGACCAGUCCGCAUGCCAACCAAGAUCUUGCGCAUCACAACCAGAAAAACACCUUGUGGUGAAGGUUCCAAGACCUGGGACAGAUUCCAGAUGAGGAUCCACAAGAGAGUGAUAGACCUGCACUCCCCCUCUGAAAUUGUAAAGCAGAUCACCUCAAUCAACAUUGAGCCGGGUGUAGAAGUUGAAGUCACUAUUGCUGAUGCGUAGGCACAUCUGCCAAUAAACUUUUUAAAUUGA